GCUUAAUACACAGUGGUGGUGGUCUCAGGUAGAGAUUGUACCGAUCACCCACCUUUUUCAGUUGCCGGAGUUUUUCUGUUUAGUCCCUCAAAAAGACCCAAUUUAGGUUUUAGCCCUCCACAACCUUCCUCUUUGUCAAGCUUGUUUCUUUUCAGCUGUUUGGUUCUAAACACACACAAACAGAAGAUUGGAUUUUUCCUUCUUUUAUGGCACAGAUUGCAAUAUUGUCUGCUUCAGCAAGUCUUAUACCCUUCAAUAGUGGUGGCUGUGGUGGUGGUGCUAAGCAAUUGAGCAAGUCAUUGCAGCUUUUUUCUUCAAGAAGAUAUACAACUUCUACUACUACUAGUUCACCAUCAUUAACCACAAUAAGGUUUAGAAGCAAGAGAAUUGGGAAGUUUGAUUUUUGGGCAAGAGCAGCAGCUAGUCAUGGAAGAUUGGGGGAGGUAGAUGAGUGGACAUUGCCAGAUAACAAGCCGUCCGAUUCAGACCCAGCACCGCCGGCGAUGAAGGGGAAGAGCCGCUUGUUCACGAUCGGGCUCGUGACGUCCUGGUACUCAUCCAACAUUGGCGUUCUGCUGCUGAACAAGUACUUGCUUAGCAACUAUGGCUUCAAGUACCCGAUCUUCCUCACCAUGUGCCACAUGACGGCGUGUUCUCUGCUCAGCUACAUCGCAAUUGCGUGGAUGAAGAUGGUGCCGAUGCAGACCAUUCGAUCCCGGGUUCAGUUUCUGAAGAUCACGGCGUUGAGUCUCGUGUUCUGUGUUUCUGUGGUGUUUGGGAACAUUUCGCUGCGGUAUCUGCCGGUGUCGUUUAACCAGGCUAUAGGGGCCACCACGCCGUUCUUCACUGCCGUUUUCGCUUACUUUAUGACCCUGAAAAGGGAGGCUUGGCUGACUUACCUGACGCUCGUUCCUGUGGUUACAGGGGUCAUCAUUGCCAGUGGGGGUGAACCAAGUUUCCAUCUAUUUGGGUUCUUAAUUUGUAUCGCAGCAACAGCUGCCAGGGCGCUUAAGUCAGUGCUACAAGGGAUUUUGCUUUCUUCUGAAGGGGAGAAGCUGAAUUCGAUGAACCUCCUAUUGUAUAUGGCUCCGAUAGCUGUUGUUUUCCUACUCCCUGCAACACUUAUCAUGGAAGAUAAUGUCGUUGGGAUAACACUAGCUCUUGCAAGAGAUGAUGUCAAGAUUAUAUGGUAUCUGUUAUUCAAUUCAGCAUUGGCAUAUUUUGUAAAUCUGACCAACUUUUUGGUCACGAAACACACCAGUGCUCUGACUCUUCAGGUGCUAGGAAAUGCAAAGGGCGCUGUAGCUGUGGUUGUUUCAAUCUUGAUUUUUAGAAAUCCUGUUUCUGUGACUGGAAUGAUGGGUUAUUCCCUUACAGUCUUUGGAGUAAUUCUAUACAGUGAAGCGAAGAAAAGAAGUAAAUGAUAAAUUCAUCCUGGGAAAGCAUCAAGUGAAAUUUCCUACAUUUUGUUCAUCAUACUACGUGACACAGCGGUGGCCUUCCCAGAAUCUGGAGGCAAGUUAUGGCCACAUGCUAGCAGUUGUUGCUGGGAUUUUGCCUCUAAAACAUCUAUUUUUUUGCCUGGAAGCCUGAAGUUCAUGGUUUCCAUUUGUAUCAGCAACGACGCAGGAAUAGUCAAAAGUAGGAAAUUCAAUAAGUGACUCAUAUCUCUGUUAGUCCCAGCAUGGGGGUUAUGCAGGAAUAUAUUUUUAUCUUUUAUUCUUUUAAGUAAAGGGUUGUAGAAUUGGUCCUUACACAAUCAGUCUGUUAUUAACGUUUCAUAUAUUGAUUAAUUAAUGAAAAACAUUCAUCUUUUUAACAUUCAUAA